AUGGUGACAGGUGGUCUCUGUGAGGAGGACACUUAUGCAUGUGAACUGCAACCGUGUCAGAAUGGUGGAGUCUGCGAAAGCCAACAUGGCGGCUACAGGUGCCUCUGCUCUCAACAGAGCCAAGAUGGCUUUCUGUACGGAGGCGAGAAUUGCACAGUCGCCCUCCUGGGCUGUGACGGCAACCGCUGCAAGAAUGGUGGCAUCUGCUCUCCCUUCUUCCUGAACUACCGCCACACCUACACCUGCGCCUGCCGCGCAGGCUUCACCGGCUCCACGUGUCAGACGUCAACCAUCUUCUCCUUCGAGUCCAGCGGCUACAUGUAUGUGGAGACACAGCUAUCGGACCCUGAAGUCCCUCUCAACGUCACCCUUAGCUUCAAGACGGACCGGCCUGUCGGCACCCUCCUCCAGCACCGGGUCGACGACCUGCUGCUCACCAUUGAGCUGGUAGACAGCCGCUUACGCCUCAGCAUGCUAAGAGCUCAAGGGACAAGAACCCCAGUAUUUCUGGAGCUACCGCCGAGUGUGGCGGACAGUCAGUGGCACACGGUGGAGGCCUGGCUGGGCUGUGAGGAGGAGGGGAGCAGUGUGAGGCUGCUUCACUCACCCUGCGCUGAGGUGGGCUGCACCAGGGAGUUCCCCGCCACCGAGACACCCCUGCUGGAGCAAGGCUCCGGCCUACGAGAGCCAAGCUCGGUUCGCCACAGCCUCUCUCUAGGAGGGGUGGGACUGGGCUGGGGCUCCGGUGGGGUGGCAGGGGAAAGGGAUGCUGAGGCUGCAGACGCGCCUGAUCCACCUGGUCCAGCUGCCUACUUCCUGGGCUGUUUCCGGGAUGUGUUCGUGGAGUCACGGCUGGUAGUGCCCGCCGUCGCCAACUCACCGGCUCAGGUCAACGUCACAGCCGGGUGCAACGACAGGGACAAGUGUGACGACAGCCCGUGUCAGAACCGGGGGCAUUGCAUAAACCAGGGAUGGAGGAGCUAUGUGUGCGAGUGCUACAGACCGUAUGAGGGGACAACGGACUGCGCUGAGGAGUAUAACCCGGCCAGGUUCGGCAACGAGGAUGCGGCGAGCUAUGCUGUCUUCUCCUUGGAUGACCCCCCGGGUUCAGGCACCAUCACCAUAUCCAUGUUUGUGCGCACGCGGCGCUCGAACGGCCUCCUCCUGGUCCUGGCCAACAGCACCAGCCAGUACCUUCACCUGUGGCUGGACGAUGGCCGGGUAAAAUUUCAGGUGAACAACUUAGAGAGCCUGUCGGGUCGAGUCGUGGUCAGCGACGGCCACUUUCACUUGGUGACGGUGCGGCUGGAGGGCGACUUUGUGACCCUGUUCCAGUCAGCCCAUAGCCAGGGAACCAUCCCCGUCCGGCCCGUGGUGGCUCAGCCAGGGGACCUGGUCUACGUCGGGGGCCUGGCCGACCAAAGAGCCUCUGCCUCCUUUGGGGGUUACCUGAAAGGCUGUGUCCAGGACUUGAGGAUUAACAGUAAACGGUUGCAGUUCUUCCCCAUAGCAACCCCAGUGGCCUCGUACGGCCUGGUGGAGCUGGUCAAUGUCACACAGGGAUGUACCAGUGACAACGCCUGUAGCAAAAACCCGUGUCUGAACAGCGGAGUGUGCUACUCCAUGUGGGACGACUUCAUCUGCAAUUGUCCUCCCAACACUGGAGGGCGUUGCUGUGAGGAGGUCAAGUGGUGUGAGCGGUCUCCAUGCCCCUCGACUGCAGCCUGCCAGUCCCUCUCCCAGGGCUUUGAGUGUGUGUCCAACGUGACCCUCUGGAAUGACAGCAUACUGUCCUACAGAGGCAAUGAGAAGAUCAGCCGCCACCUCAGCAGCAUCCUCCUCAGUUUGCGAACCAGGCAAACGGACACCACGCUACUACAUGCCGAGAAAGGCUCCGAGUUCCUCACAAUCUCCCUCCAAGACUCUCGCCUGGUGCUGGAGCUACAGGCAGGCAGUGGCGAGGCCUCCCCCAAGCUGACUGUCCAGAGCCAAGGCCUUCUCAGCAACGGCCAGUGGCACACAGUGGAGAUCUCCAUGGAAGCUCCGGAUCUACAGACCUCCAGGUGGAUCAUGGUCCUGGACGGGGGAAGAGAGGGAGGAGAGAAGGAGGUGUCUGAAGCCACCUCUGGGAGCCUGGACUUCCUCAGGGAGGGAGUGGACAUCCUCUUGGGGGGUUUGGGGCCUGAGGCUGGGGGGAACCUGGCUGGAUGUUUGGGCCCCGUCCAGAUCGGUGGGCUCCCGCUGCCCUACUAUGGUGACACCGAACUGAACCUUCCCAGGCCCCAAGAGGAGCAGUUUGUGAGGACCCCCGGUGUCGCCAUCCCACAAUAUGGCUGCUGGGGAGCCAGUGUGUGCUCGCCCAACCCCUGUCUGAACCAGGGGGUAUGUGAGGACCUCUUUGACCUCUCUCUCUGCAGGUGCCCGUCUGAGUGGAUUGGGCCACAAUGCCAGAAUGAUGCCAACACCUGCGCUGUCAAGCCCUGCAUCCAUGGAAAAUGCACUGUCCUAGGGGAGGGUUACGUAUGUGCAUGUGAGCCAGGGUACGGGGGGGCCAGGUGUGAUAAAGAUGUGGAUACGUGUGAGAACAACAAGUGCGGCCCAGGGGCCACCUGUCUCAGGGGCCUCCAGAACAACACCUGCCUCUGCCCCAGGAACAUGACCGGGCCCCUCUGCAAUGAGAAGGUUCCAGAAGUCCCGUGGUACAUUGAAAAGAUACCAUACCCCAACCUGCCCGUAUCCAUGUGUCCUGGCCACAGAUGGAACUACAGCUGCUUCAACGGGGGGAAUUGCUCUAAACUGGACAACAACUGUGAUUGUCUGCCAGGUUUUAUAGGGCAAUGGUAAGCCAUGGCUGUAAACAAUAGUACAUCUGUAGUAAACGCUUGUGUCAAUGAAUCUUAA